AUGGCUGAGCAGGACCCAGCCUCAGGCUGCCUGCAUGGAAAGAAGCAGCUGCCAGCUUUCACCUGGGAGGUGAGGGCCAACGACCGAAACUACCACAUGCAAUUCAAGAAGAAAUUUGCUUUCUGUCUGACCAAGAAGAAGUAUGCGGGCAACGCCAUUAAGACAGCCAAGUACAACAUCUUUACCUUCCUGCCGCUGAACCUCUAUGAGCAGUUCCACCGAAUGGCCAACGUCUACUUCGUCUUUGUCAUCCUCUUACAGACCUUCCCUGAGAUCUCCACGCUGCCCUGGUACACUCUGCUGUUCCCCCUGAGCUGCCUUCUCACCAUCCGGGGUCUACGAGACCUGAUCGAUGACAUUGGCCGUCACCAAAGUGACAGAAACAUCAACAGCAGGCCAUGUGAAAUCCUGUCUGGGAAGAGCUUCCGCUGGCAGAAAUGGCGUGACAUCUGCGUCGGGGAUAUUGUCCGCCUGCGUAAGGAGAGCUUCGUCCCGGCCGACAUGCUCUUGCUGUGCAGCUCGGAGCCCAGCAGCCUGUGCUACGUGGAGACUGCUGACAUCGAUGGGGAAACAAACCUGAAGUUCAGACAAGCCCUUCUGGUCACCCACCAGGAGCUGGUGAGCGAGGAGAGCAUGGCUGCCUUCGAUGGGAGAGUGAUCUGCGAGGAGCCCAACAGCCGCAUGCACAGCUUCACCGGCACGCUGGAGUGGAGGGGCGAGACCUACUCACUUGACAGCGAAAGGAUCUUGCUGCGAGGCUGCAAGCUUCGCAACACUGACGUUUGCUACGGCUUGGUUAUCUACGCAGGAUUUGAUUCCAAAAUUAUGAGGAACUGUGGAAAGAUCAAGCGGAAGAAAACCAAGCUGGACCGCAUGAUGGACCGGCUGGUGAUCAUAAUCUUCCUGGUGCUGUUGGUCACGUCGCUGUGCCUCGCCGUUGCCUCUGGGUUCUGGGCCAGGAUGUUCCAGGAGAAGCACAGCUACCUCUCUGCUCUCUACAAGCACACAACUCCUGCCCAGCAGGCCUUCUUCAACUUCUGGGGCUUCACCAUCCUCCUGAGCGUCAUCAUACCCAUGUCCAUGUAUAUAACGUUUGAAUUCAUCUAUCUGGUGAACAGCUUUUUUAUCAACUGGGAUCUGGAAAUGUAUUACGCUGUCAAGGACAUUCCAGCAAAAGCCAGAAGCACCAGCCUCAAUGAUCAGCUCGGCCAGAUUGAAUACAUCUUCUCGGACAAGACUGGCACCUUGACACAAAACGUUAUGAGCUUCAAGAAAUGCUGCAUCAAUGGGACCAUCUAUGGUAACUUUUGGUGGACGCAAGGGUCGGGGUUGACCUGGAGCCACCAUGGGGAGAAAAAGUUGGACUUCUGCGAUGUGACGCUGCUGGAAGCCGCCCGGCGGGACAGUGACCCCGUGCUGAGGGAGUUCCUGAGGCUGCUGGCCCUCUGCCACACUGUCAUGGUGGAGGAGAAGGGCGACCAGCUGGUUUAUCAGGCAGCUUCACCGGACGAAGAAGCGCUGGUGUUGGCAGCCAGGAACUUGGGGUACGUCUUUCUGGCCCGAACACAAGACACCAUCACCAUCAGUGAGCUGGGGGUGAAGAGGACGUACAAAGUACUGGCCAUGCUGGACUUCAACAGCGAUCGCAAGAGGAUGUCUGUUCUGGUGCGAGAUCCCCAGGGCACGAUCCGGCUCUACACCAAGGGGGCUGACACGGUCAUCCUGGAGAGACUGCAGAGGCGAGGGCCCAAUGAGACCUUCACCGAGAUGGCGCUGGAUCGCUUUGCAGAGGAGACACUGAGGACUUUAUGCCUGGCCAGCAAGGAGGUGAGCGAGGUCGAGUACAGCGUGUGGAGCAGAAGGCACCACGAGGCCAGCGUCCUGCUGCAGGACCGCGUGCAGGAGCUGGACAAGCUGUACGAGGAGAUGGAGCAGAACCUGCAGCUGCUUGGGGCCACGGCCAUUGAGGACAAGUUGCAAGAUGGCGUCCCUGAGACCAUCCAGCUGCUGAAACUGGGCAACAUUAAAGUGUGGGUGCUGACGGGAGACAAACAAGAGACUGCAAUGAACAUUGGCUACGCGUGCAAGCUGCUCACGGAUGACAUGGAGAUCCUGGAGGAGAAGGAGAUCAGCGAGAUCCUCAAGGCUUACUGGGUGAGCAACAACCUUAGCGGCAGCGGGGAAGCCCUGUGCAGCGGCCACCUCUCCCAGCAGCGCCCGGAGGCUUCGCACCACAAGAAGAGAGCUCUCAUCAUCAGCGGGGACUUCCUGGACAAAAUCCUCCACACGGGAGAGGUGCUGAAGGAGAAGGGGCGGCUGUGGCGGCGGCUGGCUUGCUGCAGGGCUAUAGGCUCGCAGGAACAGGGCAGUCUGGUGGAGAAAGCCUUCGUGGACUUGGCCACCAGCUGCCAGGCGGUGAUCUGCUGCAGGGUGACCCCCAAGCAGAAAGCCCUCAUCGUGCAGCUGGUGAAGAAGCACAAGAAGGCCAUCACGCUGGCCAUUGGGGACGGGGCCAACGAUGUCAACAUGAUCAAAACCGCUGACAUUGGGGUGGGCAUCAGCGGGCUGGAGGGCAUGCAAGCCGUGCAGUGCAGCGACUACGCCCUGGCACAGUUCUCCUACCUCCAGCGCCUCCUGCUCGUCCACGGCCGCUGGGCCUAUCUCCGCAUCUGCAAGUUCCUCUCCUACUUCUUCUACAAGACCUUCGCUGGCCUCAUGGCCCAGAUCUGGUUCGCUUUCCACAGCGGAUUCACGGCUCAGCCUCUGUAUGAGGGCUGGUUCCUUGCGCUCUACAACAUUUUCUACACUGCCUACCCUGUGCUGUCCAUGGGCAUUCUGGAGCAGGACGUGAGUGCCAAGAAGAGCCUGGAGUUCCCUGAGCUCUACGUGAUCGGGCAGAAAGACGAGCUCUUCAACUACCGCGUUUUCGGUGCCACCCUCCUGCACGGGGUCAGCACCUCACUCGCCAGCUUCUACAUCGCGCUCUGGGCCUUCGAGGACCGCGUCGGCAGCAAGGCUGUCGGCGACUACGAGUCCUUUGCCGUCACGGUGGCCACGUCGGGGUUGCUGUCAGUCCUUGUGGAGAUCAUCCUGGACACCAAGUUCUGGACAGCGUUGUCCUUCCUGAUGGUCACAGCCAGCCUGCUGCUCUUCUGCCUCUUCUCGUUCCUGACCCAAAGCAUCGAUGCCUUCAGGAUAGCCCCUGCCGUCUUCCACUUCCCAGGCGCCAUCUCCUCUUUAGACCCCUCAACACCUUCAUGGGUGGGGGCUGUCCCCCGACAGUUGUUCCCUCUGUCCUCUCCACCUUCCCUGCUUAAACAUCACCCACCGACUUCUUGCGUUGACAGAUGCCAGCCGGAAUGCCCUGACCGACCCCUACGUCCUCUCGUGGUCCUGCUGUCCCUGGUGGUGAACACCAUCCCCUCGCUCACCGUCCACUUGUACCGCACCAUCGCGGGCAAAACCACCAUCCAGCAGAAGAUCCGCUUGAAGGCCAAGCGGGAGCCGGAGCCCUCGGUGGAGCUGCGCGCCCACGUCCCUCGCGGCUCCUUCCACCGCCGCUCCAGCUACGCCUUCUCCCACCAGGAGGGCUACGCCGGCCUCAUCACCCGCGGGGACAGCCUGCGCGCCGGGGCCACCCGCCACACCGCCCCAGGUCUCCUGCACCCAGAGACAACCCCGGCUUUGUCCUCCUUCCCCAGCCCCUCAGCAUAG